AAGGAUAAAAUGUAAUUUUCCCGGGUGACGUGACACAUAAUCUUUCAAGAUAUUGGCAUCACCUCAUCUGUGGCCUAAAUUUCAGCCCCAAAAUUUUCUAAUUCUUUGCAUUCCCCUUACCCAGUUACUCUCUCUCUCUCUCUCUCUCCUCACCUAGUUGACAACUAAAAUCAUGGCUGCUUCUUUUCAUCUCCAAAGCCUUCAAGGCCCAAUCUUGCACAAAUCACAGUUUCUUGGCCAAACAAAUUUCACUCAGAAAUCCAGCCUUACAAUCCCCAAACCACCAUGCAAGAAUUCACCCACAGCCAAAUUCAACCUUUAUGAGAUUCUGGGCGGCAGAGGUCUUUGCAACGGAGAAGAGGGUCUUCAACAAGAACUCAAGAAAAAUGUCUCAAAAGAGUCAUCACCACCUGAGGCUGAAACACCACCACCAGCACCUGAAGAAAAACCAGCAGUUCUUGAAACAUCAGAAGAUGCAUUUGAAAAGGAGUUGCUGGGGUUGACAGGAGGCUUUCCAGGUGGUGAAAAGGGGCUCAAGAAGUUCAUUGAACAAAACCCACCUCCCAAGAAGGGGGGGACUUCAGCCAGUCUUGGGUUUGAUCAGAGCCUGGUGAAGAAGCCCAAACCACCGGAAUUGCCACUGCUUUUGCCUGGUAUGAUUGCUAUUGUCAAGAAUCCCAGCAAUCCAUUCUACAUGUACUGUGGGAUUGUGCAGAGAAUUACUGAUGGGAAGGCUGGGGUGCUGUUUGAAGGUGGGAAUUGGGAUAGGUUGAUCACCUUCAGGCUGGAAGAGCUUGAGCGCCGUGAAAAGGGACCGCCGAUGGUUAAUCCCAGGUCGGUGAUUCUUGAAGAAAUGGUGGAGAAGAGUUCAUGAUUUGGUUUUUCUUUCAUGUUUUCAACAAUGUACAUAACUCAAGAUUGAGUUUUGGUGAGAAUAAAUGAGUAAUGAUACACCAUUUCUCAUGUUGCGGAUUGCAAUUUUUCUUUGAUUAUAGCUAUAGGAGCCCUUGUUUGUUUCCCAAAA